GCGAAGGAGCUAGCAUCUGACAAACUGGCAUCUUUUUCUCACAAAAAGUUCCUGUGUAAUCAGAAACUUGACCAUUUUCACAUCGACUCAUUGUAGCCGAAUCAUUGAAGUUUGUUUUUGCAACUGCAAUAGCACACACAAAAAUGGGUAACCUUAGGAGCCUCGGGCUCUUCUUCCUGGCCGCUUUUGCGACCACGCAAGUCGCCGCCGAAUCGGACGUCCUCGACCUUGUGCCCUCCAACUUUGACGACGUUGUUCUCAAGUCCGGAACGCCCACUCUUGUCGAGUUCUUUGCCCCAUGGUGCGGCCACUGCAAGCAGCUCGCUCCCACCUACGAGAAUCUCGCACAGUCCUUUGCCGCCUCCAAGGGCAAGGUCCAGAUCGCAAAGGUCGAUGCCGAUGCCGAGAAGAGCUUGGGCAAGCGCUUCGGCGUUCAGGGAUUCCCGACGCUCAAGUGGUUCGAUGGAAAGAGCGACAAGCCGAUCGACUAUGAGGGCGGCCGUGACCUCGACAGCCUGGCUGGAUUUAUCACCGAGAAGACUGGCGUGAAGCCCAAGCGCAAGCUUGCCCCUCCCUCAAACGUUGUCAUGCUGAGCGACUCAACCUUCUCCAAGACCAUCGGCGGUGACAAGAACGUCCUAGUUGCCUUUACCGCUCCUUGGUGUGGACACUGCAAGUCCCUGGCACCGAUCUGGGAGGACCUUGCUCAAACCUUCGCCCUGGAGGACGAUGUCAUCAUCGCCAAAGUUGACGCCGAGGCCGAGAACAGCAAGGCCACCGCCAACGACCAGGGCGUCCAGUCUUACCCCACCAUCAAGUUCUGGGCCAAGGGCCAGUCCAAGCCCGAGGACUACAAUGGCGGCCGCUCCGAGGCCGAUUUUGUCAAGUUCCUCAACGAGAAGACUGGCACCCAGCGUGCCGCCGGAGGUGGUGUUGAUGCCACCUCGGGCACCAUCGCCGCGCUCGACGCCAUCGUCGUCAAGUACACGGGAGGUACUUUGCUCAGCGACGCCGCCGCUGAGAUCAAGAAGGAGGCCGAGAGCCUGAAGGACGCUGCUCAGGUCAAGUACGCCCAGUACUACAUCCGUGUCUUUGACAAGCUGAGCAAGAACGACGACUUUGCCUCCAAGGAGCUUGCUCGUCUGGACGGCAUGCUGAAGAAGGGCGGUCUGGCCCCUGCCAAGCUCGAUGAGCUUACCCGCAAGACGAACGUCCUGAGGAAGUUUGUCGAAAAGGUCACUGGCAAGGACGAGUUGUAAACUUGACUCACAUUGGUCCAUUGUUGCACCCAAGGAAAGAGAAAACAAGAUUCACACGUUGAGACCUGAAAACGGACACGGGCAUGUUCGAUUCGGUUGUAUCAUAUAAUCUAGGCUAUAAAUAAUAUGAACCUGGCGAUAUGAUGAAUGAAAAAACCGAGUUUAUCAAGGA